AUGAGUAACACAUCUUCAUCUUCUUCAAUAAAUUUUGCCGCAUUAAAUCAAGCUAUUAAUCGUUAUGUUCCCAUACCUUUCUUGUUCUUGGGUGCAAUUGGAAACAUUUUCAAUAUAUUAAUAUUUACACGUAAGGUAUUUCGUAAUAAUAUUUGUGUCAAUUAUCUUUUGGCAUCAACAAUCUUUGAUUCUUUUGUCAUUAUUGUUGGACUUCUACCUCGGUUACUCAAUGGCUUUAAUAUGGAUCCAUCACAAAAUUCAGUUGUUCUUUGUAAACUGAGAUUUUUUAUAACAUAUUUUUCAGGAUAUGCAGCUGCCUGGUAUGUUAGUUUCGCCUGUAUUGAUCGAUAUCUCUCUUCAUCCAUAAGUAUUCAGAAACGGAAUAUUAUGACAAUGAAACGUGCCUAUUUAUCUCUACUAUUUGUUAUAAUACUUGGAUUUGUUGCAUUUAGUGAACAAUUCUAUUGUAUUGAUAUUGGUCAAAAUCUAUUCGGUGCACCACAAUCAUGUUAUCAACUGAAACAAAAGAUUUCAUGUCAAAUUGUUGAUUCUCUUAUGCAAUUUAUAUUCGAAAUCUUAUUACCUGCAUUAAUGAUGAUUAUAUUUGGAUCCUUGACUUUGAAAAAUAUUCAUCAAAGACGUCGUCGUGUCCACACACAACAGAAUGCCAAUACUUUAGCUACAAUAGAUGCAUUGACAGCAGAGAAUCAUCCAUUGGAACUGCAACAGACAGUACAGACAAUAACCAAUUUGAAUAGACCAGCAAUUCCAUUGAAAAUUAAUCGAACAGCACGGAAACGUGAUGCACAGUUGGUUACAAUGUUAGUCGUACAAGUUGCUGUCUUCAUCAUUUCUGCAUUUCCAAUUAGCAUUUAUAAACUCUAUUCUAUUGCAACCAUUUAUGAUACAAAAUCUGUUCUACAGAAAUCAAUCGAAAAUACCAUCUAUAAUUUUUGUGUAAUAAGUUUAUUCCUAAAUAAUAGCAUCGCGUUCUACAUCUAUACUUUAAGCGGUACAGUAUUUCGAAAGGAAUUAAUGAAAUUAUUUCGUUUAGCUUAA